ACUGCCAGUGGUUUCAUCAAACUUGUGGUCAGGGAACACUACAGUACUUGAAUUGAAUUGUCGGACUAGCCUGGGCUUAUCAUAUUUGGGGGCAGCUCAAAGUCAACUUAGUAACUGGAUUCGCUUUUUUGCCCCACAUAAUCACAUAAUGGGAGGAUGGUUGGAUAUUCUUACUCGUGGAAUAUAUUCGAUUACCAAUGGGUAUACACCUGUUGCGAUGGAUCUUGGCAUGGGUGAUCCUGGCAAUGGUACACCAGUGACUGGCUGGCAGAAGCACGCGCUCUCCGACGCUGGAUGCUUAUGCCAGCUCUGGUACCUCAAACCUUAUAACGGCGAAGCGGAUACAUUUACCAUACAAAAUCUUAGAGGCGGCACUUAUCUAGAUCUUUCGAAUGGGAGCCGCGACAAUGGCACGCGUAUCAUGGGAUUUCAACGCACUGGCGAAAAUCAAGUAUGGAUCAUUCGACAGGUUCCAGGGACCAUGUUCUACAAAAUUCAGAACAGACACUCUCAAACAUUUGUCGACCUCAAGGAUGGACUUGAUGCGAAUGGGACCGAGAUUAGGGGCUGGCAAGGGGACUGGCCGGACAUAUAUUACAGUCGUAAUCAACUCUGGUCUUUCCAGCGGUUGAGCCAAACAGGACGAGAAAUAAACACAAUUAUCAAUGCUAAUCGCUAUUUGGAAAACCGCUUGAGCCUGAACACUCCUGAUAAAAUAUACUGGGUAGUCGAUCAUGGUUUGCUGAAGUCAAUAUGGUAUAAUGCCAACCUCGGCAGAGGAUGGCAAUACCAUUAUGUCAAGGAUAAAUUUGACUUUAAUGACCUUGCUCUUGCGUUCAAGUCGGAAAUGGCCAAAUGGCGGAACGACAACGUCCGAGCAGAAGAGUUCGGUAUUCUCUGUGGUGUCGUGUUUACAGCACCCGGCCAACAAGGGCAAAAUGAGAAUGCAUACAACUUCGUGCUAGGUAACAAUGGUCGGGGUGUCUAUUUCUUCGAGCCUGAAACAGGUCGAUUCUCGGAAAAUAUUGGUUACGACGCGACUUUAGCCUUUCUCUGAACAAUUUGAUGGUGGUGGAUCGCACAGUAUAUGCAGAAUAAAGAUGACUUUGACCAGUAUCAACGUGGGACCACGGUUUUCUGGUUCUCGAGGUUCUUGGUUGUACAAAACAUACGUCGGCAUGUUGGACCAGCGUUGAGAGUUGAACCUCGAUGAAUGUCGUAACUUGCUGCAUAUCGAUAAUACAUG